CCUGGGGCCGGCGGCUGGCCGGUAGGGGUGGGGAGGGGUCAGCCUGGGCUGGCUUCAGCCCGGAUCCGGCGUAGGUCGAAAUGCGGAGGACUGCCUUUCCCCAGUCUGUUCCCCACCGCCCUCUCCCUCACCCCCACCCUGGGGGAGGGAGAACUUCAUGUUCCGCAGCGGAGCAGGACGCCUGAAUUGGGAAGUGGGGCGAAUCAAGGCCAGGAAAUCGGACCCUCGGCUCGCUGGUGCAGCAGGGCCUGGACCGGCCUUCUCUAGAUUCCCAGGAUAUGUUUGCCGCUUCUUCCUCUCCCCACCGGCCUAAAUGGAUCGGUCUGCCUACUUCCUCCCCCGCUCCCGGAAUGCAGUGGAAUGUUCCAUUGCCCCUCCGGUCCCGGCUUGCGUUUCAGGGGACGCCGGCACGGUUGCCAGGGAAAGCCCCGGACGUGACGGCGAAGCGCGACCCCUAGCAGUCUCCCCUCUCCCAUCCGUCAUUCCCCUGCGCGCGCUGUCCUUACACCCUUCCCCUCCCCCCCGCGGGUUCCAGUCUAGGGAGAAGUAAAUAGCAGGCGAAGCCAGGCUCACGGACCUAGGCCAGGCGGGAGCAUGCUGGGCCUCAGAGGGCUGCGGCUCCCCCCCGCGGGGAUUCUGCUCCUGUUACCGUUCCUGCCGCCGCCGCUGCUGCUGCCAGCAGCCCCUGCGCCCCAUCGCGCUUCCUACAAACCGGUCAUCGUGGUGCACGGGCUCUUUGACAGCUCAUACAGCUUCCGCCACCUGCUGGAAUACAUCAACGAGACACACCCUGGGACUGUGGUGACAGUGCUCGAUCUCUUCGAUGGAAGAGAGAGCUUGCGACCCUUGUGGGAACAGGUGCAAGGGUUCGGAGAGGCUGUGGCCCCCAUCAUGGCAGAGGCCCCUGAAGGGGUGCAUCUCAUCUGCUACUCGCAGGGGGGCCUGGUGUGCCGGGCACUGCUGUCCGUCAUGGAGGAGCACAACGUGGAUUCUUUCAUCUCUCUCUCCUCUCCACAAAUGGGACAGUAUGGAGAUACGGACUAUUUGAAGUGGCUCUUCCCUACCUCCAUGAGGUCUAACCUCUACCGGAUCUGCUACAGCCCCUGGGGCCAAGAAUUCUCCAUCUGCAACUACUGGCACGACCCUCACCAUGAUGACUUGUACCUCAAUGCCAGCAGCUUCCUGGCCCUGAUUAAUGGGGAAAGAGAUCAUCCCAAUGCCACCGCAUGGAGGAAGAACUUUCUUCGUGUGGGCCGCCUGGUGCUGAUUGGGGGCCCUGAUGAUGGUGUUAUUACCCCCUGGCAGUCUAGCUUCUUUGGUUUCUAUGACGCCAAUGAGACGGUCUUGGAGAUGGAGGAGCAACCGCCUCCCAAGCCCAAGGUUGGGAAGAGAAACCAGGUUUUUAACUUGUGGCUGCUCCUGCUGUUGUUGCUGCUGCCGCCGACCCUCCGUCUCUGGCUGUUACAGAAGGAGAACCCAGCCCCUGCCCGCUACAGGGGUCUCCUUCUAGGCCACUCAGGUCAUUUUUAGCUUCUCUUCUCCCCAUGUUCCCUUUUCCUCAGCUCUCCCAACUCCCAGGAAGGACUACCCAUGAGAGUGGGGUUCUGAGGCUCCCCUAUGGGGACAGUUCCGUUCUUGAAAUGUCAGUGUUGGGGAAUAUCUAUGGCCUGUGAGGCCCAUCUCAGGUUUGGGGAUCCCCCAGUCCCUACGUUCAGUGUUGGGGUACCCCCUGGGAGCCUAGUUUCUUUGAGGCCCCAGCCCCUCUUUUAGCUACCAUUGAAUGGGUGUUAACCUUGUAUUAAUGGAAAUAAAGUUCCAUUUCCUCAG